UAAAAGCAGCCAGAUUUGUUCUCUAAUAUAUGAUGGCUUCCAGUGGCAAGAUUCGCAAACGCAAACAUCGAAAUUAUACAGCUGGCGACAUGGUGACGAGCACAGCAAGAACUACAUUGGCAACAACUACAGCUUGGCCCAUGUCGGAGCAAAAUGAAAUAAUGGAGGAUGUCGCCAACCGCGCAAAUAAUUUCACGCAUAAUGUCGUCGACUUGCAGAAACUCUUGAAUUUCAAUGAGAGCAGCAGCAGCAGCAGCAGUAACUUUUCGAGCACAUCCAGUGCUAUUAAAUUGAGUAACGGCACCAUUACGGACACACUUUUGGGUACCAUUUUGACCACGGCAACAGCGACUGUGGCACCCGCCGCCAGCUCCUUGUUGUCAAGUAUCGCAGCAACAACAACAUCGGCGACAUCUUCCCAGUUGGCUUUAGUCUCCACGCAACAGGCACUUGCAAUGGGGCACAGUGGCAUUGCACUGGCGGAUGCCACCUCAUCCACCUACUAUGCCAGCUUGCUGAGCAUGUCGCCGGCAACGACGAGCCUGAUCUCAUCCGUGUCCACGACCAAAUCCUACAAUGAUAGCAAUUUACGCUGGGAGCAACUGGAUGGCAACGUUGACUUUGGCUUCGAUCCGAUCUAUCGUCAUUCGCUGGCCAUGUCCAUUGUCUACUGUGUGGCCUAUAUUGCGGUGUUCCUCAUCGGUCUCAUCGGGAACAGCUUUGUGAUUGCCGUCGUUCUGCGUGCUCCUCGUAUGCGCACCGUGACCAACUAUUUUAUCGUCAACCUUGCCAUUGCCGACAUUCUGGUGAUUGUCUUCUGUCUGCCAGCCACGCUCAUCGGAAACAUCUUUGUCCCCUGGAUGCUUGGCUGGCUGAUGUGCAAGUUUGUGCCCUAUAUACAGGGUGUGUCCGUGGCAGCAUCGGUUUACAGCUUAAUUGCUGUCUCCCUAGACAGGUUCAUUGCCAUCUGGUGGCCAUUGAAGCAGAUGACGAAGCGACGUGCACGCAUCAUGAUAAUUGGCAUAUGGGUAAUCGCAUUGGUCACCACCAUACCCUGGCUGCUCUUCUUCGAUCUGGUUCCAGCUGAGGAGGUCUUCUCCGAUGCCCUCAUCUCCACCUAUACGCAGCCGCAGUAUUUGUGCCAGGAGGUCUGGCCACCGGGCACCGAUGGCAAUUUGUAUUUCCUGCUGGCCAAUUUGGUUGCCUGCUAUUUGCUGCCCAUGUCGUUGAUAACAUUAUGCUAUGUACUCAUCUGGAUUAAGGUCUCCACACGCAGCAUUCCCGGUGAGAUGUCCAAGGAUGCGCAAAUGGACCGUAUGCAGCAGAAGAGCAAGGUGAAAGUCAUCAAAAUGCUGGUGGCAGUUGUCAUUUUGUUUGUCGUCUCCUGGCUGCCGCUCUACGUGAUCUUUGCCCGUAUCAAGUUCGGCUCGGAUAUAUCGCAGGAGGAGUUCGAGAUACUCAAGAAAGUGAUGCCAGUGGCCCAAUGGCUCGGCUCCUCCAACAGCUGCAUCAAUCCCAUUCUCUACUCGGUCAACAAGAAAUAUCGACGAGGCUUUUCCGCCAUCAUCCAAUCGCGCAGCUGCUGCGGACGUCUCAGAUACUAUGACAACGUGGCCAUUGCUUCGUCGACCACCAGCACUAGGAAGUCCUCGCACUAUCAUCCAAAUAGCUCCCGCAAGAGUCCAAGCAGCCCGGGACUACGCAAGACCAAUGCCGUCUCCUACAUUUACGAGCACAACUCGUUGCGUCGCCCCAAUAUGAUGAUGAAGCAGGACAGCAAUCUGUCGCAGCACAUGCUGCUCAAGCAGGACUCGCAUGGAUCGCGUCAGUUUCUCAUUAAGCAGGAGAGCUCCUGCAGCGACGCCUCCGGCACACGACGUCUGCUGUGCCAGCAGGACAGCAAUGGCAGCAAGGUUUCGUUAUCGAAACAGGACUCGAUUGUCUCCUACAUGGAAGCGCGCCGAGUGGCCGCAUUGAGUGCUCAGGAUCGCUCCGUAGACUCCAUAGUUACCCAGCAGGACACCAUUUCCAUUGAGUCGCGACGAGGUGCACCAACAGCAACGCCUGCAUCGUUGCUCGACAAGCGACAGAAGUUUGUCAAACAGGAUUCGGUGAUUUCGUUUGUGGAUCAGCGACCCGAGCCGCGACGCCAUCAGCUGGUGAAACAGGACUCCGUCAUCUCGUUUGCCGAUCAGCGGCGUGGCCUGCUCCACAAGCAGGACUCGCUGAUCAACAAUCGUUCCAGCGAUGCGCCCACUCACCAUGUAUCCAUACUAAAGAAAACCGAUUCCCAGCUGAGCUAUGCCAGCUCCUCGCCCCGCCGCAAUGCGGAGCUGUAUGAUUAAUCCGAGCUAAAGUGAAUAUGU